AUGGGUAAAUCCAAAAAUGCAACCAAGGCACUGACACAGGAGGAAAUUUGGGAUGACUCGGCCCUGGUCCAGAGCUGGGACGAGGCGGUCGACGAGUACAAACUGUAUCAUAGCAUCCAAGCCAAGGGGGAGAAUAUCGAGGAUGUUCUAAGAGAAGCCGAGGCCGCGGAACUCACCCCGGACGAUGCCCUAGGCCAAGAAGAUCCGGACGACCAGGUCGCCGAUGUGCCCAUGGAGACGGCUGGCGAAGAGGCCGCCGUCGCUGGUGGUUCAUCUGAGGCUGCGCAACCCCCACUGGGAGAAUCUUCGAAGUCCUCCAAUGGAGAGCAAAAGACAUCGUCAGAAGCGCAGCCAACCGGAGGCAAUCCGAUGGCGGCGAUGCCUCACGCAGCGCUAUCGCAAGUACAAGAUGAGGGCCUGAAGAACCUCAUGAUGUCCUGGUAUUUUGCAGGGUACUAUACAGGCCUCUAUGAGGGACAGCAGCGGGCAAACCAGAACAAAAGCUGA